GGCAAGACGCAGGCUGAUAGCAGAGCUAUCUGCACCAAGUCCGCAGGAGCUCGGCCGGUGGCCUCCGGAGGGACUGGGGAGGGAGGAUGGAGGAAGGCAUGAACGUCCUCCACGACUUUGGCAUCCAGUCAACACACUACCUCCAGGUGACUUACCAGGACUCCCAGGACUGGUUCAUCCUGGUGUCCGUGAUCGCCGACCUCAGGAAUGCCUUCUACGUCCUCUUCCCCGUCUGGUUCCACCUGCGAGAAGCCGUGGGCAUCAAGCUCCUCUGGGUGGCCGUCAUUGGGGACUGGCUCAACCUCAUCUUCAAGUGGAUUCUCUUCGGGCAGCGCCCGUACUGGUGGGUCUUGGACACGGACUACUACAGCAACACCUCCGUGCCACAGAUAAAGCAGUUCCCGGUCACCUGUGAGACUGGACCAGGGAGUCCCUCUGGCCACGCUAUGGGUAGCGCAGGUGUAUACUAUGUGAUGGUCACAUCCACCCUCUCUAUCUUUCGGGGAAAGAAGAAGGCCACCUACAGAUUUCGGUUUUUGAACGUCAUUUUGUGGUUGGGAUUCUGGGUUGUGCAGCUGAACGUCUGCCUGUCACGAAUCUACCUUGCUGCGCAUUUUCCCCACCAGGUUGUCACUGGAGUCUUGUCAGGCAUUGCUGUUGCUGAAACUUUCCGCCACAUCCAGGGCAUCUACAAUGCCAGCCUCAAGAAAUACUUUCUCAUUACCUUCUUCCUGUUCAGCUUUGCCAUUGGAUUUUACCUGUUGCUCAAGGGGCUGGGUGUAGACCUCCUGUGGACUCUAGAGAAAGCCAAGAGAUGGUGUGAGCGGCCAGAAUGGGUCCACAUUGACACCACCCCCUUUGCCAGCCUCAUGAAGAACCUGGGGACCCUCUUUGGCCUGGGACUGGCUCUCAACUCCAGCAUGUACAGGGAGAGCUGCAAGGGCAAGCUCAGCAAAUGGUUCCCGUUCCGCCUCUGCUGCAUCGUGGCCUCCCUCGUGCUCCUGCACCUCUUCGACUCUUUGAUGCCCCCAUCCCAAGUCGAGCUUGUCUUCUACGUUCUGUCCUUCUGCAAGAGUGCGGCCGUGCCCCUGGCCUCCGUCAGCCUCAUCCCCUACUGCCUCUCCCGGAUCCUGGGACAGCCGGACAAGAAGUCUUUGUAAAGACUGUGGAGCCUUCAGUAUUUAAAGCCCAUGGCUGUGCCAAGGCUUGAGGGCGACUAGCAUCUUCUGCCAGUCCACUUUCAGGCCAGAAGUGCCCCGGUCUUGCAUGACCCACUUCCUCCUUUGCAUUGCUAAUUGUAUCAGGGGAUGGUUUUUGAAAGGCUAAUAAGGGUAUUCGAGAAUACCCUUGUCUGUGAGGAGUUGAGUUCUUCUGGAUUUCCCCCUGAAGACUUCCUUGUUCUUCCGUCAGACGUCCAAAAAUCAGACUUCCAGGUAGGGACAGCUCACAGUCCCAGGCUGGGAAUCCCACCUGAGAACGCCCUACCCACGCUCAUUCUUACUCAGGAAAAGAGAAAAAAGAUGUGGAUUUAAUAGGAAAAGAAGGAUGGAUUAAGGAGGAUUUUUUAGUACCUUGAAUAUCAUGCAAAUUAUGUCAAACAAUACCUAGAUGGCUUUGAUUAUACUUAAAUUGUCGACUGACUCAAUACUGGGGGGACAAACUUAAGGUGUGAUUAAUAGGUGGUUAGUGGGAUAAUUCUGCAUCUUGUGUUUUGCUAUUAUGUAUCUGUGGUCGUUAUAUUUACUAGGCUUUCCAAAUGGCUGCGGUGGCCCAGCUGUGCACUACGCCUAGGCACAGUCAGCUUCUUCUCCACACCCUGGAUCUCCCUCCUUAUUAGCCCAGCUCUGCUUUCCCCAGAAUUUCCCACUGGCCCUCCACCCGCCCCACUGGAAAUGCAGAUGCCUUAAAGGUGACUCUCGGGUGGUGCUUUUGUUAUGUUUCAGUUAAGCUUUAAAAUCUUGGGCAAAAAGGCAAGGAGAGGCAAGGAUUCCCCUCUGCAGAAGGUCACUCCAAUGUUACUUUUUGAUUUCUGGAGGGUAACCAUGAUUCCUGUCUCUAUCCCAAGCGAACCAAGAGCACGUUCUUGGAGGGGAAAGCCUCCUUGCCUGUUCUCCCGUCUCAGCUGAUUUGCAGAAUACGCCCUAAAAAAAGUGCUGAAGCCUAUUUAUUUGAGAGUCCCUGUUUUUGCUACUAAUUAUGUAGUUCACCAUAUAUUAUCAUUCACACCAACCUUCCUGGCCGUAACAUCUUUGAAAAGAAAAAUAUAUGUGUGCAGUAUUUUAUUAAAACAUUUUAUUUAAGAACGAAGCCCUGCUGAUUACUGUGUUUUAGGUGCAAUGGGAUCCGAAGGUUCUAAUUCUGGCUCGGCUAAAUUUCUAGCUCUUUCUCUAUUUCCCUAAACAAAUAAUUUAGUUUCUGUGUACCUAUGUUUUCCCUUUAGAGAAAAAAAAGUUGCUUCGUGUUGGGUCAGUCAGGAGUCCCAGUAGAGUUGGGGAGACUUGUAGAGGGUCCAUGAGACACAGGGAGAGUUGAGCACAUCCAUAUAAGCGCAAUAUCGUUGCCCGAGAUUGAACAUUCGUCACAGACUGAAGGUCGGCGUGAGUUGCUCUCUGCGGUCAAACCACACCUUGAGGGCAAACAGGCAGGGUCGUGACCAAACCAGGCAGUCAGGGAAUGCAAGUUGGAGCAGCAGAACAAAACUAGGCAGAUCCUGGAAUCCAUUACCCUGUGUCAGCAAGGUUUGGGGCUAUAGUUAAAGUCUGAACGGGAAAAGUCAGAGCACUGAGGCGUGGUCCAGAGAGCUGCUGCACGUUUUUCCAUUUAUUCUGUGCGGGGUCCAAAGGCCUUAACUCAUCAGCAUAACCCUGGGUCCACCAAGGGCAGGACCUUUGGGAUGUAUUUCUUUAGGAAAAUUGAGUCCCCCUAGUGCAUUUGGUUUCUCCAGGGGGAGCCCGGACCCUAAAACACUUCGAGGGUUUCACCAAGGGAGAAGGGAAAUGGCCUCGUUCUGUCUGAACUGAGCCUCACUGCUCGGGCGGGGCCCCAUCUCGGUGAUUUCUUUGUCCUCAGGGACCAAGUCCAGGUUCCUGGCAAUGGGAUUCUGGAGGAAAGUAAAUGGUGCCCCUGCCCCCAGCAAUUGGUGAGGUUGAUAAAGAUUCAGAUAAAAGUUACUGAGUGCUUACUGUAUGUCAGACCCCUGUGUAUGCAUUUUAUUUUAUAGUUAGCUCAAUUCUCCUGACAGCUCUGUGAGGCGGGUGCUAUAAUUCCCCCUCACACUGCACAUGAAUAGAUGCAGAGGGGUAAGCACCUCGCCCAGAGUGGCGGAGCUAGUUCAAGGACCAGCAGUCUGACCCCCAGGGCCCGUGCUUCACCCUCUGGCUGCCUCAGCCCUGUAGGUCUGUGUCAUGCCUCCUUCAGGUACCGGAUAUGAUUCUUAAGCCGUGGAAAAUGUGAUUUCUAGUGGGCAAAGGACAUUAUAAAACUUAGAGUAAUUCUCCCAGUGAGCUAGUAUUUGUUUCUAAAUAUGAAGAUAGCAUAUUUCAAAGGUGUUUCAUAACAUAACUCUUAGAACAGGCCUAACCAUGUAACUUUAACAGCAGUAUAGAAAACAACUUCAGCUCUUUGUGUUCUUUUUUUCAAGAAAGAGAUUAUAUACAGCCCUGGCUGGUGUGGCUCAGUGGACUGAGUGCCGGCCUGUGAACCAAAAUGUCACCGGUUCGAUCCUGAGUCAGGGCACAUGCCUGGGUUGUGGGCCAGGUUCCCCAUUUGGGGGCAUGCGAGAAACAACCACACAUGGAUGUUUCUCUCCAUCUCUUUCCCCCUCCCUUCCAUUCUCUAAAAAUGAAUAAGUAAAAUCUUAAAUAAAAAAAAAAAAGAAA